AUGGAGCGCAGUCACUUCAAGGAGGAUCCAAAAGCCAUCACUUCUCCAGACUCUGUCUUUAGGUUCGCAAUUCGAAAGUUCUCCGACCUGAUGGCCGGCCCAUGGCCUACAAGUCUACAGAAGCAGAUGGCAAGAGAAAGCUCGGCCGCUUUGCAGUCGCUGGUCUCAUUCGAUGGAAGGGUCCUCAGUAACAAUGACAAGUCGAUAUUCGAGUCCAUUAUCGUCACCCUGAGUUUGGUUGUGGGUCUCAACAUUGCGAGCGCCCUCAAGGACAUUGCGAAGCACAUGCGAUGGUGGUUCCUCAGCCUCAAAAGAAGGGAUCUGUCUGAGGUCGUGCUCAUUCUGCAUAGUGACAGCUUGGUCAAUGUUGCCAAGUUGAUAUGGCGGUCAUCUUCAAGUGUCACCAAGGCUACCUGUCUUACGUGGCUUUUAUUGAAUAUUGGGAUGCAAGCCGCUAUAGCUGUCAUCAGCUUGACAUUCCAGGCUGAGCCCCACGUUGACGAUGUGUACCUGUCGGGGCAAGGUCAAGUCUUUGUCCCUGAUAUGAGCAACUUUGCGCGCGGCACGGGGCGCUUUGAAGACUCUCGUCAAUUCGAUCUAGAUUCCACUCUACAGAGCUUGGGAGCAAGUAUACUAGGAGAUAUCGGAAGCAGUUAUAACCACUCAGUGCUUCCGUCUGUGCCGUUGGCGGGAGAACCUCUCGGCAAAUUCCCCGCCAUGUUCUGGAAGGCCGACGACCACUGGGAAUAUCACUAUCUCAACUCGGCGCUAGACACUGUGUCCGCUGGAACGAACUAUUUGGCGAUCUACUCGGGCAGGAAAGUCUCAUCGUCAGCCGUGUGUGCAACGCCAGAGUACAACUCAACCAUUGACCAAGCCCAAUCGCUCAUCAUCGUGAACCAAACAAGCGGGAGAGACUUUACUUUCGACUCCAUCGCGGAGGGCCUCGAGUCCAACACAUAUGGCACGGUGCCCAUCCUGAGGCAACUCCGGACCGACGUCUGCGGGUCACGGGUCGGGUGCAGCACGGGCGAGUGCGGGCCGGGGUGCAGCACCGUGCAUGUGCUGGAGCCAAAGAGUGGCGAGGCCGUCCCGGGAUCCUUCGACAACCCGACGACCUUCUUCUUCUACUACGAGUGCAACGUCACCGUGUCCUCCGACCCGCCGCCCGUCUCGGACCUGGAUGACCUCACCUUCGCGCCUAUGCUUGCCGCGGCGGCGGCCCAGGCCAUCGCGCUGAACGGGCUCACAUCGGCUGACCCCAACGCGCCGCUCAGUCGGAGUUACAACUGGGAGCUCCCCUUCGGCACGCCCUUCAACAACAGCGCCCCUGACAUGGCGGACCAGCUCGCGCGGUACGCCAUCGGCGUCGUGGCUGCUGCUGCGUCGACGAAUCCGCGCAUGGCUAUCCCGGGCCGGCCCCCGGCCCAGGGUGUACGUUUGGAGUUGCAGGACCCGGUUGCGUUUGCGGUAAUUAUGGGAGUAACGGCCGGCUUGCAAUUGCUGUUACUUGUGGUCGCGGUAAUCCUGGUUGGAAGGGUAUACGUUCCGGAGAACCAGGAGUGGAUGACCAGAGAGACAUUAAAGCAGUUGUAUUCGUAUUGA